GCGGUUGUGCGCUCCGCGGUGCAGCUCUUAGACUCGGGACCAGCGGGUCUGCGGCCGCGCACAAAGGACCACGGACACCCAGCGUCCGGGAACUGCGCCCAGGGACCGGCCAGGGACAGCAGCUGCGCCGCGUCUCCACGCCUCCCCUCCCUGGGCUACCGGAGCCCUUGCCGGAGAAGACCCGUCAUAUGACAGCGGCGACGCGGCGGCCAGCGAGCGCUGGUGCUGCCCGCUCCUCUGCGCCACGGCCACCGGCUCCUAAGGUGGCCCUCACCGCGCCCCACUGAGCGGUCGCCUGCCUCCCCCCGACAAGCCCCGUGCGUCCCAGCUAUCCGGCUCGGGGAUCAGGAGCCCCGGGGAGCCCCCCGCCAGAGCCGAGCCUAAGAUGGCCACGCUGCUCCGUAAAAUCGGGCUCAUUCGCCUGCACAACCGGGACACCGAGGACCCCAAGCACCACCACAACCACCGCGGCGGAGGCGGCGGCCAGCAGAGCGCAUCCCUGCGCGGCAAAGGUGGUGGUAAGAGCAGCGGCCACAAGCAGCAGCAGCAACAGCAGCACCCCGGGGGCUCGGGCGACGCCAGCCCGGGGCCCGGCAAGGGCAAGAGUAAGCGCGCGGCGGAGCUGGCCGCGCGCGACAAGCAGCCGCAGCCAGCCGCGGGGGCGGCGGGGGCGGCGGGCGCCGGGGGGCCCCGGGAGCGGGCGGCGGGCGCCAGGGCGGGGCCGGGGCCCGCGGUGGCCGCGGCGGCGGCGGGCGGCAGCCUAGUGCCCGCGGCGCGCCAGCAGCACUGCACACAGGUGCGCAGCCGGCGGCUCAUGAAGGAGCUCCAGGACAUCGCGCGCCUCAGCGACCGCUUCAUCUCGGUGGAGCUGGUAAAUGAGAACCUCUUCGACUGGAACGUGAAGCUGCACCAGGUGGACAAGGACUCGGUGCUGUGGCAGGACAUGAAGGAGACCAACACGGAGUUCAUCCUGCUCAACCUCACCUUCCCCGAUAACUUCCCCUUCUCGCCGCCCUUCAUGCGGGUGCUCAGCCCGCGACUGGAGAACGGCUACGUGCUGGACGGAGGCGCCAUCUGCAUGGAGCUGCUCACGCCGCGCGGCUGGUCCAGCGCCUACACGGUGGAGGCCGUCAUGCGCCAGUUUGCUGCCAGCCUGGUCAAGGGCCAGGGACGGAUCUGCAGAAAAGCCGGCAAGUCAAAAAAGUCCUUCAGCCGCAAGGAAGCUGAAGCAACCUUUAAGAGUUUGGUGAAGACACACGAGAAAUACGGCUGGGUCACCCCGCCUGUGUCUGACGGCUGAUGCCUGCACGCGCCCCAGACACUCGAGCCGCCCGUCCACACUCCACCCUGCCAUCUCCUCCACCGCUGUGCACCUUCUACCCUUUUCUACUCCAGCCAGAACUGUGUUCUGAAUGCAAAGGACACACUUAAGUUAUUUAUGAACUGACGUGUUUACGGAGAGAAAGAGCAAACUGCUCGGAGAUUAUGUUUCCAUAAUAAAUGACCGUCUCUAAGUCACUUUAGAACAAAUGCCGAGAUGAUGAUGUUUCCCUGCCCGCCCCCCUCUGCCCACCUGUCGAAUUGCCCUUAGCUUCUUUCCGUGACAGCAGCUGUGCUCAGCCCCGAGGGAACUCAAUGCCCCGCCCACCCCAUCUCCAUAUACAAGGGGUGUUCCUGAGUCCGGAGCGCCACACACUCCUGGGCCUGCCCGCCCUGUUUGCUGAGAUCUAUUUGUUUCUCUUCCUGGCAGGUCAACCUAACUUGAAGACGUGUCUUUCUUUCUGUGGCCUGUGGUCUUCUGUGAUGACAUUUAGACCUCAU